AUAAAAUGAUCAGUAUUCUAGACUUUCCUUUUUGUCAACAGCCACACUCGAGUGUAACUCUCCCCUAGUCCCCAAUAACGAAACCGGCCAAUGUCUGCCGCCGUGUUCCUGGACCACACAGUCUGCUUUGACACAAAAGAUCUACUAUGGCACAGUUGUGGUUGGUUUGUGGUUGGCGCUAAUCGCUACAAUCAUAACAUUUAUCACGUGGGCAAACAUUAAAAACCUGUAAGUGUUGCUAUUCAAUAUAUGAAGAGUAUUUUUUGAUAGCUCACACGUGCUAAACAAAACGAACAUCUAGCGAAGUUUUCCGAAGACUACCCAAUAAAUUGAAAAUUCCCGGAGACGCUCCGAAUUUCAUUUAACUAAGUUACAACCUGUUUGAUAUUUUUCUUAUCUUUACAGCCGCGCGUUUCCCCACGUUUUGCGUUUUCACAUCAUGGUCUGCUGCAUUUGCCUUGAUUUUAACGUCACUAGGAUAAAAACUCUACCUUUUGCAAAUGUACAACUGGCAUGUAGAUGAAUAAAUUGAAAACAAUUGGCUCCUUACUAACUUAGUGAGAGCAAGAGAUUGAGCAAACUAGAGAGCCGGGGUUGCCUUCCACUACCUAGCUCUUGAAACGUCAACCGUAGACUGAGAAAUCUCCAACGUGACUCAAGAUGUAGAGUAAUCCUUCAAAAGAAGGAAAAGAGAAUGACAUAGCUGGAUGGAGGCCUGGAGCGAGGUGUGCAUUGCAGCGGUCGACAGAAGCGGUUGGCGGCAGAGUGGAGAGACCUUAUGUGUCACUUUGCACAUAUAAAAUAGAUGAAGAAGGUGAAGAACAAAAUUCACUUUAAAGUGCGAAUAUUUGUCUUCCAUUUAGCCUGCUGCAAGAUGAUUCCUGUUCGUAUUGGACUUGGCAAAGUUUUCUGUCGCAAACAGUUGUAUUGGCAACCCACAGGUCAUUCUUCUUUCGCGACUGUACUGCAAGGUGCGACGUCUCACUAUUUUGGACUGGCGAAUUCUCUCUGGGCAAUGUGUUUCAUAGCCAACACUUAUGCAGUUAUCGUUCUCAACAAACGAGCCGUCUUCAAACACCCAAUCAAAUUUCACCUUUUACAGUCUGUUCUGUGCUGGUUGGCGCCCGCAAUCAUUGUGGUUGGCUGUCGCUUUAUCGCGCCUCCUGGGUACAAGUUUCUCUUUGUAGAUCACUUGGCUGCAGGUUCUGGAAGCCUUCAAAUGGCUUACUUUGCUGUCACGCUACCCAUGCAGAUCUCGCUUGGAGUGUCACUGUGCUUGUUGUGGUCUAUUGUGUGGAAUAUUAGAAAGGCUCGUUUAAACAACAGUAAACGUGUAAUCCGCGCCAGAGAGGAGAGAGUUUCCUUGCGGCGAAUUGAGCGACAGUUCUUGAGCAUGGCUGUUGUAAUGUUGAUGUUGGUGGGAGUGGUCUUGACAGUCAACACUACGAUGAUAUACCGUGUCAGGCAGUUUGUGCAUGACGCUGAAGUUUACUUUUAUUGUCUACAGACAUCGACGAACUGCAAGUCACCGAGAUACAACACCAUUCUGCCAUUGACCAAUGUUGUAGCCCCUGGCUUCCUCUGUCUUGUGUUCUUCUUCCUUUUAUUGAUGAACAAAGAAUGCCGUCAGAUAUGGACAGGAUGUUUCGCGAAGUGCAAAAAGUUUCUUCACUUGUGCAAACCGCCUUCGAAAAAGUUUCGAGCUGGGACGGAAAUGAAAGACUCAAGAUGUUCCUCAACUCUCACGGUUAUCAGUUGUGAUCGCAGAGGAUCGGAGCUCAGUGCUGUUCAAGUAAUAGAACAUCAAGCUACAAAAGCACAGCCACCUUAUUUAUUGCAUAAAAGCGUGGCAAGAUUAAAAGGGGAAAAACCCAGAGCUUCUACUCUAAGUUUGCCUGUGGUUAUGAAUCAGCGGUUGACUGUUACAAAUCCGGAGAUUCAGAUUCGGUCAUCUGCGCAUGCUCAGGAGUCAGCUUGGCGGUCGAGAUGCAACUCGGUUCCAUUGUUUCUCCAAAAGGAAUUAGAAACACAAGAAGCCGCUGAACAGAGGAAAGCUUCUACCUCCACAUCCUCGCUAAGUCCACUUGCGCAGGAACUGAGUACCACGAAAAGUACUAACAGCGAGGACUCAGAUGCGAAUAGUGAAACAGACAACUUCAUUCAAGAAAACUAUGAGGAAAUUUCUUCCAAGUUGUAGCAAAUGGGAAAUGCAGCUGUAAAUAUUGAGAUCGAAGGCUCGGAAUGGCAUCUUGAAAUGAAACUAGAGGAAAUAAGACAAUUUUUUUGUUGUUUCGGAAAUAAUAGCGAUAUUAAUUAUAUUUCACAUUUUCAACGCAGUACAUUAUAUUGCAAAGAGGCAAUUCGUAAAUGUGUUAUGUAACCGAUCACCCUGAUCAAAGCGGUAAUUCAACUUUUAUCAUUCAGUGACUGAUAAUAACUAUAAAAUGAUGAUAAUGAUGACCAAUGAAAAUUCUUAAAUAUAAUGGUAAAUUACGGUUUCAAAACGACAAACAUGACAAAGUGGGGACGCAUUCUUUACCUCGAAAACUUAAAAUCCUACUUAUUUAUUAUGACAUGUAUUUAUAGUGCGAUCAAACCGAUUAUAUUUCUCAAAUAAAGUGUAUCAAAAUUUAGGAAAUUAAAAGAUGAAAACUUAAGACAUGAAGCAAGUAUGAAGAGUAGUGCUACUUACUACUUAUUAACCGAGAGUGAGGUCUUUACGGGAAAAUCUCAGACCGAGAGCUUGCCGUAUUGACCGAGCGAUAGCGAAGUCAAUACGGCAAGGCCGAAGUUUGAGAUGGUCCCGUAAAAACCGAACGUUCGAGGUUAAUAAGAAGUUUAUUAUCUGGAGUAAGUGCAGAAUACCCGGCCACUCGAAGUUGUACCCGUUAAAAACCUGGAUACGCGGCUGCGCAGUUUGUACAAUGUCUUUCUCCUUUUCACGUUUUUAGAUCGAGAAAUAGACACAUUACAUUGUUACGUGGCUACCAAAACACUUCUUGAUAUAUGUACACAUAUCUCGGCUUUACUUUAAUAAACGUGUAUCGUUAACUAAUGGGAUUAGUCUAUGUAAAAGAUCUCUUCAGCUGUAUUUUCGUUCAAAACAUUUCUUAUCAAUUCAUCUUAAAUUUCCAAGUUAAGAUUGUUCCGAACAAAGUAUAAGUACUUACUUACCAAGUUGCAAAGGUGAACUUAGCCUAAUCAUCGUAAAGUUCGAACUAUCUACACUUUACACUCCAGAAAGUUAAAAAAAAAUCAUUUUUCUUAAUAAGGGAGGGGGCAACUGCCUCCCUCUUUCCCGUACGCUAACUACGUCUACACAUACCACAGCUUCUACACAUAUUUCUCCGGGGGUACGGGUGCUCCCUUAUAUGGGCUAUAUAGGUUUGUGCGGCUCUAAAGGGUAUAGUUUUUCAGCCGUUUUGGUCAACAAUAAUAGGGCACCGA